ACAUAGAAAUCAAGCAUUUGACAAUCGAGUGAGAUGUAAAGCAUUUCAAUCAAAUAUGCCGUUGUUUUAAAAAAAACAAAAAACGUGCGUUUUGAAAUGAGGUAAUAUUUGCUUUAGCGACCAGUUCCCAGUGCUUCAAAGCUGCAUAUUUCUGUGUCUCUGGCAGUCUGGACUCACGCCGAUUCAUGUGGCCGCUUUUAUGGGCCAUGAAAACAUUGUGACUCAGUUGACAAAUCACGGAGCAUCUCCUAACACGAUGAAUGUGAGAGGAGAGACAGCACUCCAUAUGGCUGCCAGGGCAGGACAGACAAACGUGGUGAAAUUCCUGGUGGCGAAUGGAGCAGAUGUGGACGCCAAAGCCAAGGAUGAUCAUACCCCACUGCAUAUAUCCAGUCGUCUGGGCAAACCGGACAUAGUCCAGCAGUUGCUGCAACACGGGGCUUCACCCGAUGCCACCACCACAUCCGGUUACACGCCGCUCCACCUGGCCGCUCGCGAAGGCCACAAAGAUGUGGCAUCCAUCCUGCUGGACAACGGAGCAUCUCUUGGCAUCACUACCAAG